UGUAAUAUGUGUUUGGUAUAAUUAUUCAUAAGAUAUCAAAAUGAAAAAAACUCGUUUAAAAAUGAACAAAUGCCAUGUUAAAAACUCGGAAAAGUGUACGGAAGAGAUUUCAACGGAUGGCGUCCACCCUCCGCUGUUCUGUAGUCAUACUUGGACUAAAUGUGUUCCAAUCAGUCAUCGAGAUCAUCUGAUGCAUCCGUCGAUGUCCAUUGGACGCAACUAUAGACUAACCCUCGAAAAGACUUUACGAAAAAUCAACAAGUCACGGGAAACGACUAUUAGUUGUAAAAUAUUAGACGAAGAUCGUCAUUUAUUAAAUCGUACACGGCAAAAAGGCGAAUCCGAACCACAUAAGACAAAACCCACAAAUGAUUACAAAUGUACCGGCGUCGUGCCUUUAGCGGAUUUGUUGUCGGGAAAAUAUUACAGGGAUAUAGCAGAUCUGAGGAAACAAAAAAUGAUUGAAAAGAAAAUGAAAAAUGAAAAAGCUAUGAUAAAACCAGAAUUGCCUUCAAAUUAUAUUGGUUCAUCGUUUGAAGCUUGUACUGCUAUGAGUCCUGACAAACAGCUUAAUAUACUUAAAGAUAUGUGGAGGAGAGAGAAAAACAUUGAAAUCGUCAUAAGUAAAGAAGACAACGAAACAAUUGCAUACUAUCUGAACGGAGGUAUAACUAGUGAUUUUUACAAUCCGUUUCCAGAACAAGUGUUGGCAAACAUAAAGCAAAAUCGUGUUAAACCGAAUCUGUUAAAAAAGUAUCAUUUUUUGAUGACAUUUUUGGAAACUGAUGUACGCCAAAAUUAUGAUACUGCUUGCAAAAAAAUAAUCCUCGAUUAUAUACUAAUGGAUCCAGAUGAAUUAAAAAGAAUUGGAAUAACAAAUUACUAUAGAUCUGAUUAUUCUUCAAUGCAAAUUAGAGGUCCGAUUCCAUGGCAUCAAACAGCAAUUAUUCAAAGAGAACAUCUAAGGCAUAAUUUAUACAUUUUUAGUGAAUCUAUUUUAAUGUUGAAUAAUGUAUGGAAAAAGUAUUCUAAAGGUUAUAUUUUUCCAAUAAAAAAUUUAAAAAAAGUUGGUAUACCUAUAAAACCAAGUUCUUUACAAGAGUUUUUGGAUAAAUCAUGUGAAAAAUUUCGGCACAAAUUAGUAAAAGAGUGGAUUGUAGAAUGUGCUGAGUUAUUUAUGAAAACAAAAGAUAGUUACAAAGAUUUAUUACCAACACACAGCAUAAAAGCAUCAAAGUAUCAAAUUCAAAAGUUUUUUGACUGUGUAGCAGCUACUAUGUCCAGACAGUUGAGACAAAUUGUUUUUAAGUCUUUGAAACAUUUCAUGAAGGAAAUUCUUAAAUAUAAGAACGGAAAUGUAAUAGAUUCUGAAUUUAAAGAUAACAUGUUCAUAAGUCUACCGUUUUUUGUUCUUCGAGCAGUUCCUAACCCAAAUUCAAUUCAAAUAUCAUUUGAACCUACACGUGAAGAAUGUUUAAAUCUUUUGUUGUCAAUUCCACGAAAAAUAAUUAAAACAGUAGAAGACAUUCCAAGAGUUGAACAAUUGUUAAUAAAAAAAUUUAAAGGUGAUUCUACAAUGGUGUUAAAAAAUAUUUACGAAUCUGAGGAGGAAAUUCAAAAAAUGUUGUGUGAAGUUGGUAAGAUUUUAGAAAACAAUUUUCCAGGUCCAGAAACUUUCAUAACAUAUUAUAAAACCUAUUACUAUUUGAUAAAUGGUACGGAAACUAAAGCAUUAAAUACAUUUUUUGCAAGCGACCCGUUUCCAUUAUUAAGUGAAUUUAAUGAAUGGGUCAUCAAGUAUGUGACUAUAAAUGAAGAUAUUCUUAAACUUAGAGAUCGAGUGGAAUUGAAUUUAAUGAAAUUAGAUGUAUCUGAGGUUAAUACAAAUUUGAAAAAUAUAGUUAAGGGUUUGAAGAACAGAAUUCUUGAAUAUUUUAUGAACUUAACACAGCAAAAUAUUUCUGGAAUUAACAGUGCAUUUGAGAUAAUGUCCACCAAGUCCUCAGAAAUGCCUGAUACAACUGAAGAUUUAGUAGAACUAAGUAAUUAUGUAACACUAUGUCGGGAUUCUACAUUAUCAAAAAUGAAAGCUCAACUGAGAACUGUAGGAGAUUACAUAAUGUUUCUGUUUGAAUACACGGAAUUCAACAGUAAUAAUAUUCCAUUUUAUUUCUUGAGAUUUUAUUUUACAAAGCGAAUAAACAUUAAUAGUUGAUGAUAUACAUUUGCAAUCACGAGUAUUUCGAUGGCCUCAAGAGAUUGAACAGUUUUUGGAUUUAGCUA